GGUAGUUCAGGGGCCACUGGCGACUGAAGGCAGUGCUCCUACCGCCGUGAAGAGGCCGGGGAUAGCUGGCGUGCUGGUCCUGCUCCUGGCAUUGACGCAGCUGCUGGCCGUGGCGAAGGCUGGGGAGGUGGACGGACGUGAGCGCCUGGGCAGUGGGCCGGGCCUGCGGGCUCAGAGCUCGGCGCGGCACCGGUGAUGGGUGAGACCUGGGACUAGUGGGUUCUGUGAGGAGCCUCUCCAGGACCGAUACCAGCGCUAACUUGUUGGAGUUUAAGGGGCGGUGGCAGGUGGCUAGCAUCACAUAGAUUCUGGGAGACCAGCGCGGUGAAGGGGCCGGGGCGGCGGCUGCGGGGCCUCUUUGCAAGCCCCGUGACACGGAGGCUUGGACCGGACAGGGUGCAAAGUGGCUUCAGUGCAGUUGGCUCUUUCGUUCUGAUUCUGCUCCGAUUUUCCUGAGGUCCAGGUUUCCGAGGAGAAGAGUUGGGGAAUUGUUUAGAAUUUCCAGGAGAACGCGCCCAGGGAGUGUGAAGGAGACGGAGCCACUGAUUUUCAAACAGGAUUCAUAGGAGACUGGGGACUCGCGCCCACCAACCAUUUUACUUUGAAAAAAAAAAGUAGAUUUGGAAAUAAGUACCCUAAGGGUUCCGAUCUGAGGGAUAAAGGGAUGGCUUGGUUUGCAUUCGGAGGUACCAGUCCCUCAGGGAGCACUUAAUGAGCACCUAGUAUGUGCCAGUCACUGCUCCUGGGUUCCGGGGGGCCAAGAAUGGGGCGUGUAGUCUCUGCCCAAGAAGCGCCCGCCCUGGCAGAAACCUAGGACUGCUACUAGUCAUUGGUCCUGCACUUUGCUUUGAAAUCAGCCAGCUCAGAACAAGUGGAUAAGAGGACUUUGAUAAUUAGAACGUACAAGGCACGAAAAGAAAGCUACUCCUAGAGAACAGGGCAUCCUGUUACUGGUCUCAGCUUUCCUCCUUGCUGGUCUUUCUCCUGAUGACUAGUUUUUUUCUUUUUUUUCCCUAGUGAGUUUGUUUCAGUGUAAUAACACCCCUUUUCCAAUAUUAGUGUGUAGGAAAGUUUGAACCUUAUACUCUUUCAAGCAGAUUGAGUAACUUCUCUGGGGUCACUGAAUGGAGAAGCUUUACCCAAAUAGAAAAUGAGGUAAAAGCCAGCACCUAGUAGAAAAAACACCUGCGGAAAGUGACUAGAUAGAAGCGUGGCUUUACGAAUGUGACUUGGGGCCUUUACCCAAAUCAUCUGGUGCUUAUUUAAACACAGAGUCCCAAAAUAUACCUAAGCAGAAGGAGCAGUGUGUGUGUGUUUGGCUGGGGACAUUUUAAACAAGUUCUUCAUGGUUCAUAGAUGGAAUAAACUUUGAGAGGCACAUUUAAGUUUGAGGACCAAUGGAGAUGGAGGAUACUUUUUGGAAUGUAGCUACAAAGUAAAAACACUUGGCCAUCAAGGGCUACUGAUAACCAGCACGUUUAUCAUUUGGCUCCCAGGUCACUAAAGCAGUGGGGGCCCUGGGAGGCAGUUGCCUCUGGGCCGAGCCCCGGAACUCCAGAGUUGUCUAGGCCAAGGCAGGUCUCCCACCUUCGUCCUCUGGGGUGGGCUGGCGCUUCUAGCCUUUGUCUGGACUCCCUCCCGUCCUUCUGGCAUCCCUGGCCCUUUUGUUUCACUGCCUGCCAGGGAUAAGACUUAUACUGUGGGUGUAGGUUGGGGCCGCAUUUUUCUCUGCCCCCAAGGUUCCAAGUCUGCAAGGCUUUUAGUGGUGCUUGUCUCUUUCCUACAUUGUAGAUUCAAACGUCACAGUAGUGCCUGGGCUCUAAAUGUCCCCUGGGAAUGCAGUUACUAAACAGCGUCAGCGCUGAUGACUUAGCCUCAGUUUGCUGGGCUUUCCUCCCUCAGAUUAGAAGUCACCCAUACUCUCCACCCAGCACCCCCCUUCCCUCUAGCAGUCCCCCACUUAGUUCAUGUCCAUGGAUCUCACAUGUGAGUUCUUUGGCUUCUCCGUUUCCUAUACAGUUCUUAACAUCCCCCUGCCUAUUCUGUACCUACGAAUUUGUACUUAACCCCUGCACCUUCUCCCCCAUUCUCUCCCUUUCCUCUCCCAACUGGUAACCAUUCAAAUGAUGACCCCAUCUGUGAUUGUAUUCCUGUUCUGGUCGUUUGCUUAGUUUGUUUUUUAGAUUCAAUUGUUGAUAGCUGUGAAUUUAUUGCCACUUUAAUGUUUAUAGUUUUCAUCUUUUUCUUAAAUAAGUCCCUUUAACAUUUCAUAUAAUAAUGGCUUGGAGGUGAUGAACUGCUUUAGCUUUACCUUAUCUGGGAGCUUUACCCUUCAAUUCUGAUUGAUAUCUUUGCUGGGCAUAGUAAUCCAGGUUGUAAGUCCUUGCUUUUCAUCACUUUGAGUGCUUCUUGCCAGUCCCUUCUGGCCUGCAAAGUUUGUUUUGAGAAAUCAGCUGACAGUCUUAUGGGAAACUCCUUUGUAGAUGACUCUGCUUCUCUCUUGCUGCUUUUAAGAUUCUCUUCAUCGUUAACCUUUGGCAUCUUCAUUGUGAUGUGUCUUGAUGUGGUCCUCUUUGUGUGCAUCUUGUUUGGGACUCUCUGCUUCCUGGAGUUGCAUGUCCACUCGCUUCACCAAGUUAGGGAGGUGUCCUUUACUAUUUUUUCAAAUAAGUUUUCAAUUUCGUGCUCUUUCUCUUUUUCCUCCUGAGACCCGUGUGAUUCGAAUGUUGGAGCGCUUGAAGUUGUCCCAGAGGCUCCUUACACUGUCCUUGUUUGUUUGCAUUCUUUCUCCUUCUUGCUGUUCCAAUUGAAUGUUUUUUCUUCCAAAUCAUUAAUUUGAACCUCGGUUUCCUCCCCUCCACUGUUGUUUAGUUCUUUUUCUGGAAUUUUUACCUCUUCUUCCAUUUGGGCCAUAUGUCUUUGGCUCCUCAUUUUUGGCAGCCUCCCUGUGUUGGUUACUAUGUAUUAGAUGUGCCCUGGCCCCAUUUCUUAGCAGCGUGGUCGAAUGUAGAGAAACACACCUUUAGUUGGAUGGGGCAGAGCCUUCGGUAAUUUCAGGGCGAGGCAGCCUGUGUGAACCAGGUUGAUGGGGUCUCAGGUAUGGUACUGCCGUUCUGUGGCUGUGAGGUGGGGGAGGACUCUGAAAAGGCGGUCGCUGCUCCCUGGCCUCUGGAGUGUUGUUCAGGAGGAUCCCGUCACCCUCACGCCAGACACUUCGGUUCUUCCCCAUGUGCCACUGGUGCCCUUCCAGCUGCUGCCCUGGUGCUGGAGCCCACAGGCUGUGAGUCUGAAUUCUAAUAAAGAAGACGCCAUUGAGGAUGAGGAAGAGGAAGAUGAGGAGGAGGAGGAUGACUUGGAAGUUAAGGAAGAAAACGGCAUCUUGGUCCUAAAUGACGCGAACUUCGAUAACUUUGUGGCCGACAAAGAUACGGUGCUGCUGGAGUUCUACGCCCCUUGGUGCGGACACUGCAAGCAGUUUGCUCCAGAAUAUGAAAAAAUCGCCAGUACCUUGAAGGAGAACGACCCUCCCGUUCCUGUUGCUAAGAUUGAUGCGACCUCGGAGUCUGCGCUGGCCAGCAGGUUUGAUGUGAGUGGCUACCCCACCAUCAAGAUCCUCAAGAAGGGGCAGGCUGUGGACUACGAGGGCUCCAGGACCCAGGAAGGCCCCAGAGAGGGACAAGCAAACAGGGGACGGAAGGCCUUCCACGCCUCCUCCCUCGCCCCAGCCGGCUGCCAAGAAGAACUCGUACCUCUAUUCCACGGAGAUCACACUGUGGACCGUGGUGGCCGCCGUCCAGGCCGUGGAGAAGAAAGUGGACUCCUGUCUGGCCCGCCUGCUGACUCUGGAGCGGCGGACGGGGUCGGCCGAGAAGAAGCUGGCGGAUUUUGAAAAGACGUCCUCAGAGCUCGGGAACCAGCUGGAGGGCAAGUGGGCCGUGCUGGGGACCCUGCUGCAGGAGUACGGGCUGCUGCAGAGGCGGCUGGAGAAC